CAUAUUAGUGCAGCAGUCCUGCGAAGAAAGUGACCGCAGCCGGGCCACUUGAGCGGCGGGAGCGCGAACCGAGCGGACCGUCCGACGCCUCGCCGAGGGGGUUCCUCCCGGAGCAGACAGGAAACAGCGGGACGCGAAGCGGGAGAGCUGGAGUCCAACGGAACGGAGCGAAGGAGGGGAAGGAAGGCUCUCGUCGCUGCGGGCUUUUGGACUCUUUAAUUUUGCGCACAGGAUCUAUGAAGACGCGGACAGGUCAUCCUCUCGCAACCGCAGACAGGAGCGCCACGGAGUGAUUCACGCCCCCUCCAGCCCCCGUCACCUCACCCCGCCUGUCUGCCUCCAAUGCCGGGCAUUAGCUCCGCCGCGCCUCGUUAUGAAAACUGGGAAAUGGACCACUACCAGCACUACUUUUACGACGACCACGAUCCGGACGAGGACUUCUUCAUGUCCACGGCGCCCAGCGAGGACAUAUGGAAGAAAUUCGAGCUGGUUCCGACCCCGCCCAUGUCCCCCAUCCGGCUGCCUGCGGAAGGGUCGGGCAAGGUCGGGCUGCUCUGUCCCUCUCUCGGGGACAAGCUGGAGUGGGUUUCUCAGUUCCUGGGGCAGGACGACGAGCAUAAUCAGCAGCAGCAGCAGCACGCGCAGGAGCUGCCCUACAAGCUCGCGACCAGCGGCGACUCCUUCGGCAACCUGAGCUCCAUCAUCGUCCAGGACUGCAUGUGGAGCUGCUUCUCUGCCGGACAGCAGCUGGAGAGAGUGGUAGGGGAGCGUCCUCGGCUCGGCGCCGGAGGCAACGUUUUGUCUCCGUGGAAAGCCCAGGGUGCCCUCGCCGACACGUGGUUCGCGGGUGGCUUGGCUGCGGACUGCGUGGACCCGGCUGCCGUGCUCACUUUCCCGCUUCCCGGAGGGUGCAAGAGACAGAUUUCGUCCGGCUCAGAGUCGCACACAGACUCCUCAGAUAACGAAGACGAAAACGAUGAGGAUGAAGAGGAGAUUGACGUGGUGACGGUGGACCACAAGCAGCAGCAGCAGCAACAACCGCAACAGCAACAGCAACAACAGCAGCAGCGUAAACCCCGUCGACUGGUCACCACCCGCAAACCGGUGACCAUAACGGUGCGAGCAGACCCCCACGACCCCGGCACCAAGCGUUUCCACAUCUCCAUCCAUCAGCAGCAACACAACUACGCCGCGCCCUCCCCGGACACUCUGCCCACGGCUCCUGAGCCCGCCCGGAAGAAGGUCCGACAGCAAGUCCACGCUCCUACGACCCAGCCUCCACAGAACUCUCUCCACAACCAGCCCCGGCCCGGCCACGCGCCUGUGAACUUGGACAGCAGAAAGUCUCACAGCACCGCGUCCGGGGCCAGAUCAGAGUCCCCCAACCUCAGCGCGUCCUCUCCUACCUCGUCCUCGUCGCCUUCGUCUCCACCCAGCUCCUCCUCGUCAUCCCACCAGAGCUGGCCGUCGAAGCCCCCUUCCCGCAUGUCGAGCCCCCUGUCCUCGGACUGCGAGGACACGGACAAGCGCAGGGCGCACAACUUCCUGGAGCGCAAACGUCGCAAUGACCUCCGCUCCCGCUUCCUCUUGCUACGGGACAAGAUCCCGGGGUUGGCGGACUGUGCCAAGACCCCCAAGGUGGCCAUCUUGACCCGAGCUACGGAGUACCUGCAGCAGCUCCACGCCGACGAGAGACAGAAGGCUCAGGAGAGGAAGCAGCUGAAGGCCAGGCAGCUGCAGCUGCUGCAGCGGUUGGCGCAGCUCAAACGCUCCUGAAGGCCGGAAUUGACCGUCGCCUUCAGAUGAACGCUUGAACUGAAGGAGAACUACAUAAAGUGGGGAAAACACUGUUCACUGAUCAUGCUGGAUUAGAGGAGUUGGAUUUGUUUUUUCUGCUGUCUUUUGCUUUAUUUUUAAUUUUUAUUUUUUGUGGUUUGCACAUCAGCUUCUGAGUGACGGAGCUUUCUGGACGGCUGGUUUCCUUUUUAGUAUCCUGAGGUCUCAAGGGAUUUCUGUUGGAUCUUGCAAGGUGGAAUUUGCAGAAACACUGUUCACUAAUCAUGUUUGAUUAGAGGAGUUGGAUUUUUAUUUUUAUUAUUUUUUUGCUGGGUUUUUUUUUUCUUUUCUAUUUUUUGCUGUCUUUUUUAAAUUUUAAAUUUUUUAAUUUUUUGUGUGGUUUGCACAUCAGCUUCUGAGUGACAGAGCUAUCUGGAAGGCCGUUUUCCAGCUGGUUUCCGUUUUAGUAUCCUGAGGUCUCGAGGGAUUUCUGUUGGCUCUUGCAAGGGGGAAUUUAUUCAUAGUCACUCAAUAUUUCUUAAAUGUACCCCCCCCCAACAAGAACUAUUAAAACUUGUCUUACAAUAAAGUUGGCAUUGUCAAUUGUUUUGGUCAAAGCCCCUGUUCUUUAGUACCUGGUCAAGAAAGUCAAAAUUCAUAAUUUUGCUAAUACAUCUUAGUUUUUCAGGCUUUCCUAGUGACUAACCUGCCUUUUUCUCCCCCCCCCCUAUUCUUCUCAUUUUCCUUAACAUCAGUUGGUCAGUCCUUGUUUGAAACUGGCUUGAAAUGGAGAAGUCUGAGCGACUUUCCCUGCACCCAACCCUCCCUCCUCCAUUUAUUGCCCCAGUACCAUUUACUGCUGCAUGUUACAACAAAAUCCUUGCAGUUACAGCCUUUUUGAUUUUUUUUAAACAAUUUCAGAAAACAGGCUAUGUCCGAAAUGUUCUUCAAUACAGGUCAUCUAAACAAUAAUAAAAAAAACACAAAAAUAUUUACAGAGAUUUAUUGUUGUGCCAUGAAGAUCAGCCAAAAGGUGAAUGUCAGCUUAGGUUAAAAUAUUGGCUUAAAUCUGUGUUGGUUUUUGUUUUUUUUGUUGUUUUUUUUAAAUACCAUCUUCUAAUUGAAGUCAAGAGUUCCAGCUGUAUUUAUUUAAUCUUGCAGUCUGAUUUAUCUUAUUUUUUAUUUUUUUUUUAUCUAUUUGAUGGAAUGCCUUUAGGAGCCUUUUUAUGUAUGUAAGCUAUCCAGUUGGAUGUUCUGUUUGUAGAUCCUUGACUGUACAGUGAAACCAAAACCUGAGCUGUCUAAGUUUACUCAUCCCAGUUUCUGUAGGGCUCGUUGGCUUUUCAGAUACGACUCAAAGUUUCUAUUUUUGUUAAUAAAAUUCUAAAGGAGGAAAAACAACCGUUGAAAUAAAACACCACUUUGUCACUA